AUGGUCGACGCGGUUAAGAAUGAGUCUCCGUGUUCACCUUUGCAUCGAGAUAGAAUUGGAUCGAGUCAUGUUUUAUUAUUCGACACUCUUGAUACUAUCGAGAAUUUUGACUUUGUGUUUUCGGCACAUUUGAUGAAGACAAUAUUUGAGGUUACAAAUGAACUAAGCAGUGUUUUACAGAAAAAGGAUGAGAAUAUUGUUACUGCAAUGUCGCUUGUGAAGUCGGUCAAGGAACGAUUGCAAGUAAUAAGAGAUGAUGGAUGGGAAACUCUCUUAAGUUCGGUCAUUUCCUUUUGCAACAAAAACAACAUUAAAGUUCCAAAUAUGGAAGACAUGUAUAUCCGUCCAUUAAGAAAAAAACACGAACAACCAAACACUACAAACCUUCAUCAUUAUCAAGUUAAGGUGUUUUUCGCAAUCAUCGAUCUACAACUUCAAGAACUCAACAGUCGGUUUGAUGUGGUAGUUAUGGAGUUGCUUGUUUGUAUGGGCAGCUUAAGCCCCAUUGAUUCCUUUUGUUCCUUCGAUAAGCAAAAGCUGCUUCGACUUGCAGAAUUUUAUCCUAAUGAGUUUUCAAGUAUUAAAUUACAUCAUCUCAAUGAUCAACUUGACAAGUACAUUUAUGAUGUGAGGAAAGAUGAAAGAUUUACGUGA